AUGCAUGUUAAACAGUGUACUUGGAACGCGGAAGUUGACGUUUGACUUUGCUUCUUGCCUUGGGCACUACUGCACUAGUGACAGCAGUAGCAGAAGAGUUGAAGUUGAGUCAACUUUUUUCCCGAAGGAUUUAACUUCUUUAAGUUUCGAUGAUAAUUUGCUCUGAAGUUGGACGGGAUCUGGGAUUCAUGUAACACUACUUUUAUCGGCGGGAACGAUCGGGUUCGACUCCCUAGCCAUAGCACAGGUAACACAAUGGGAGGGGUGUUUGACAAGUGCCACAAGGGGACGGAUAACCAGGGAAGACAGCCCACCAGCAACGGUGCAGGCAGAGGAUACGAGCAUUCUUCCACCCCGCCCGCUGUAGUUCCUCGACCAAAAAAAGACAAUGAUGUUUCUGUUAACGCAGGCUCGCAGGAUAUAUUUACAGCACUUUACCAAUUCGAGGGCCGGACAGAGGGUGAUCUGUCCUUUCAGCAAGGAGAUAAACUUAAAAUACUUAAUUUCAGUGGUGACUGGUGGCAUGCCAAGUCUCUGGUGACUAACCAGGAGGGCUACGUUCCUAGUAACUUUGUGGCUCUAGUCAAGAGUUUGGACGCAGAAGACUGGUUUUACCGUAACUGCACGCGAAGCGACGCAACCAACCGCCUGAUGGUCCCUGGCCUCGUUCCGGGAACAUUUCUCAUCCGAGAAAGCGAAAGCAAACCCGGAACAUACGCUCUGUCAAUUCGAGACGAAAGCAACGGACCUCCGCACGUCAAAAAUUAUCGCAUUAGCAAUACCACUGAUGGACAGUUCUUCAUAGCAGAGCAGAAGAAAUUCCCCACACUACAAGACGUGGUGGAAUACUACAGAGGUGACAACUCGGGUCUGUGUUGUCGAAUCACAGAUGCUUGCCCGAAGGAGAGUCCCACCACCAUGACGUUAGGCAGAGACAUCUGGGAGAUUGAAAGAAGUUCCAUGGUCAUGAUGUCCAAGUUGGGCUCGGGCCAGUUUGGUGACGUCUGGAAAGCUAUUUGGAAUGGCAAGACGCCAGUUGCCGUCAAGACGUUGAAAGAAGGAACAAUGUCCCCAGAGGCAUUCCUAGCAGAAGCCAACAUCAUGAAGGGGAUUAGACAUAACAAGCUGGUGAACCUGUACGGUAUAUGCUCUGAAAAGGAACCCAUCUACAUCGUCACAGAACUCAUGAAGAACGGAGCGCUACUCACUUACCUCCGAGAAGGGGAUGGGAAGUUCCUCAGUCUACGGACAUUAGUGGACAUUGCAGCUCAGAUUGCCCAGGGGAUGAGUUAUCUUGAGGAGCGCAGCUACCUCCAUCGAGACCUGGCUGCUCGCAACAUCCUUGUCGGAGAGAACAACCUGGUCAAGAUUGCAGACUUUGGUCUGGCUAAACUGGUCCUAGAUGAACACUACGUAGCCAGAAAAGGAAACAAGUUUCCAGUCAAAUGGACGGCCCCGGAGGCUGCCCUCUAUGGGACAUACAGCAUUAAGUCUGACGUGUGGUCCUUCGGCAUACUAGUAUCGGAGAUUGUCACUAAGGGAGUGAUGCCUUAUCCAGGGUUGUCUAACUCUGAAGUUCUAGACCAGGUCCAGCGAGGCUAUCGAAUGAAGAAACCCCAACACUGCCCCGAGUCUCUAUACAGACUCAUGUGCAAAUGCUGGCUGGAGAAUCCGCAGGACCGUCCCACCUUUGAUUUCCUCUACAACUACCUUGACGAUUACUUUGUGUCGCAGGAACCCGAGUACAAGGAUCCUGAGGGUUUCUAAAGUUCUGCCGUAAAGGUCUUAAGUCGUGAGGGACGUAUGUACAUGUCAGUGUUGGAGUUUUCGUUUUUGUACAGCUCAAGUAGCAGUGUGGACUUGGCCCGAACUCGAUUUUCAGAACUCAAAAAAUAUAAAUGGAUUUGACACGUACUAGGCUUUUUGUACUCGGACUCUUUGCCGAACUCGGCAUUUUGUGACCCCUUACUCGAUUCCCACACUCGGAAGUACAAUCAACUAUUUACUUUUUCGAUACUCCAUCUGUGGACUCGAAAGUACACGUUUAUGUACGUAUGAUUAAUCGAUUCUCUGAUAAAUGCAUGGAAUCGAAUCUGAGCGGUUGUGAAUUGAGCCCCUGCGAAAAGCUACCAUUGCCGUACAUGACCCAGCUAACCGUAUUGUACAACUCUGUAGGAUGAAAACCAGUGAGGCAUGCAUUACGUCAUAAUUUUACAAGCGUGUGUGCUACGCAUACGCGUCCUUACCACUUUCACUUGUCACUGUACUUGCCGAGCGUGUUUGUAGUGGAUGAACCAAGUAUCGUCAGACCCCCUAAAGCUACGCGGUCCUUUUUCUACGCAUUUACCUUCAAUUUGUGUGUGACAACGCGCGUGCGUAUGCAAGCGUUACCUGCGCAGAUAAUGGAGGGUCGAGGAUACAUCAAAACAUUAGUCAGAUCAUAUUAACUUGGCAUUUUUGUUUCACAUUGUGUACUCAUGCUCGGCUCAUACUCGACUGUUUAUGCACUGUUUUCCACAACCUGUACUCGGAUCCUGAAAAACUCGGACUUGUAUCUUUGGCCAAGGACUUGAUGAUUAAUGUACGUGGACUCGGCCUGUACUCAGCCCGUACUCGGCCCAUACUCGGCUCUCCAAGGGCGGAUCAAGAACACAAUUUUGGAAGGCAAAAAAAAUUGUUUGGUCCCCCAAAAAGUG